AUGGCUCCUCGCAACGUCAACCUCCACCCUGAUAACCACCUCCCUGGUGCUCUGGAAUCCGCCGCAUUUGAUGUGGUCGUUAUUGGUUCUGGUCCCGUGGGCCGUCAAGUGGCCUCCAAGACCGCCGAAGCUGGUCUCUCCUCCGUCAUAAUCGAGGAGGAGCUCUGGGGCGGUGAAUGCCCUUUUUGGGCCUGUAUGCCCUCAAAGGCAAUCCUGCGCCCGGGAGAAGCACUUGCCGCUGCUCGUCAGGUUGGAGGGGCUAGGCAGCUGAUUGCAGCUGAUCGACUUGUCGAUGUCCAAGGUGUUUUCGAGCGACGUGACAAAGUCACGCACAAAUGGGACGACGAGUUCUUUGUGAACUUGUCGUUGAAGCAGAAAUGUUCCGUCGUGCGCGGCAAAGGGUCAAUAAUUGCUGAAAAGAAGGUGCUGGUCAAGAACAUUAACGGCCAGGAAAAGACAUUAGUCGCCAACCACGCGGUUGUCAUUGCCACUGGUUCAGACCCAGUCAUCCCUAGGGAGAUCAAGGGCAUUGAUCAGGUCAAUUACUGGACUCCCAGAGAUGCCACCGCAGCAGAUACAGUACCUGAGCAUCUGAUCAUCGUGGGAUCAGGUGUGGUGGGCUGCGAGAUCGCCACCGCAUAUUCGACUUUCGGCAGCAAGGUCACCAUGAUCGGCGCAACAGCUGAGCUUUUGAGCCGUUACGAACCCGAAGCUGGGAAGCGCGUCCGAGAGGCAUUGAAAGCUCGCAAUGUUGACUUUCAUUUGUCUUCAAGAGUGGCCGAGGCCUGGAAAGAAGUCGACGGCAAGAUUUCUGUGAAGCUGGGUUCCGGACAGGUCGUCAAUGGCUCCAACCUCCUCAUAGCCACCGGCAGAAAACCUCGCACAAAGACCAUCGGCUUAGAAAACGUUGGCCUGACUGGUUCUCUGGUCGUCGAUCAGACCAUGUGCGCCUCCGCCGCGGGAGGUGCUUGGAUAUAUGCAAUUGGUGACGCAAACGGCAGGGCUCCUUUGACGCAUAUGGGUGAAUAUCAGGGGCGAAUCGCAGCAGCGGCCAUUAUUGCUCGCGCUGCGGGAGUUGAUUUACAAGGGCCUGAGCCAUGGAGCGAGUUCGCUGCCACAUCAGAUCAGGUCGCCGUUUCGCAGGUCGUGGUGACGGAUCCAAAUGUUGCCACGGUCGGUUUGACUUUGGCGGAAGCUUUGAAAAGCGGCAUAAAGGCCGUGGAGGUGGCUGUGCCAUUCAAUUUCCCAGGUGCUUGGGUAUAUGCUGAGUUCGACUACGACGGCUGGGCUCAAUGGGUCGUAGACUCAGAGAGGAAUGUGCUUGUCGGGGCGACGUUCGUGGGAAGGGAAGUGGGCGAUCUCCUCCAUGGCAGCACCGUUGCAAUUGUUGGUCAAGUUCCUCUUGAUCGACUGAAGCAUGCUGUCCCCAGCUUCCCCACCAGGAGUGAAAUAUAUGGAAUGCUGCUGGAAAAGUGGUUCGAGAUGCGAAAGUAA